UAAAUAAAAAAAAAGAGAGAAAGAGCAGAAGAAAGUGAAAGAAAGGAGAAAUUGAAGAGAUGGAGGAGGAGGAGGAGGGGGAAGAGGAGGGGCACUUCAAUUCGGAGUUACUCAAGCACACAGCGUGGACAGAAGUGAUUCCCCCUAUCCCAGACCCACGCAUGGUGCACGGGCUGCAUAUUAUAGGCAGACAGGAGCGAGAGAGAGAGAGAAAGAGAGAGAGAGAGAGAGAGAGGGAGAGAGAGGUGAGGAGGACGAGGAGGAGGAGAGAGGGAGUGUGUGUUUCUUCCUUGAGAGGGAGUCUGAACCACUUCAGCCUGCCUGCGCUGCUGGAGCCCGAUAAUAACUACAGGACUGACUGCUCUGGAUGAAUGUGCUUUCGUCUCUCCCACCUCCUCCGAACCGACAGGAAAUCUCAUUCACAAAGACUGGGUGAUUUUAAAACCCCAAUCAAUAGUGAGCAGAGGGAAAGAGAAGAGAGAGAGAGAGAGGGUCAGAUGUUUUCCCCUUUCUUUGCUCUUCGACGUGCGUGAAGCGGAGACGCACCUGCGAGAGUGACUGCGUGCCCCUCUUCUCUGCACUGAGAAACCCAACGGGGCUGCUGCUGCUGCUGCUGCUGGGCUGAGGCUGCAUGCACUUUACAGACUGGACCAGUGCACUGGGAGAAAGACAGAAAGAGAGAGAGGGAGAGAGAGAGAGAGAGAGGGUGAAACAGAGAUUGGAUGGAUUCCUCUCCUCCUCUGGCACUCCACAGGCGCUCAUUCAUUUAUUGAAGCCCAACCGACGACAGCAUGCCAAGCGCAGACUCCAGCGGCAGAGCUCGCUACAGACUUUCCAACAAAGGACCGGAGUGACACGUCCUCACCUGCGCAGCAUCCGCGCAGGACCCGCGCGACUUUGGCACCCAUCCUGGACACCUGCAGGACACAUCGGACGCAGAGAAGUGAGAAGUGAGGAAACCCCUCGUUUAUGGGCCCAAAGCCCCGCGAGGCCCCUGGGAUGGCGUGCAGCGCGUGCUACUACCUGGUUAUCAGCUCCACGCACCUGAGCAAUGGACACUUUCGGCGCGUCAAGGGAGUCUUCAGAGGACCGCUGUGUCCCACUGCGACCAGCGACUCACCGGAGCGUGCAGAGAGGGCUCUGGGCUGCUCAGUGGAGGAUCUGAAGGCUCUAUUCUACUGUGAGCUGUGUCACAAGCAGUACCUCAGACACCAGGAGUUUGACAACCACAUCAACUCCUACGACCAUGCACACAAGCAGAGGCUGAAGGAACUCAAGCACAGGGAGUUUGCUCGCAACGUGGCCUCAAAAUCAUGGAAGGACCAGCGUAAACAGGAGAAGGCUCUCAGACGGCUGCACCAGCUAGCACAGCUGCAACAGGAAACCCAGCGAGUUCCAGGAAGGACUUCUGGACUAAGAAGUGCAGUCAGGGCUGUGAGACAGCAGCAAGAUAAAGACGUGGACCAAAGAGAGCGCAGCCCUGAGGACAAAUCCGAACACUUCAGCCACACCCAGACACCCCCUCCUACGCAACCCAGGACAGCACGUCUCAGCCAGCAGCCAGAAGAUCCAUGCCAAUCUCCCUCCCAGAUACCGCCGGCCACUGCUCUAGCAGAGUCCCCACUAACUCCACAUCAGGCAUCCGAUACAGAGCCUCCUGCAGUGUACCCCCAGUCUUGUCUGGGCUUGUGUCCCCAGCUGCCUCUCCCUGGGCGGGGGAGAGUGGGAGGCAGGCUUGGGGUGUCCUUCUGCUUCUCACGCAGGGGGCCCAGGCUGGAGCCUUCCGCCUCCGUCUUCUCAGACCUGGAGGAGGAGGAGAGAGAGAAGAGGGAACAAAUGAGGGAGAGGAUAAAGGGGAUGAUGGAAGAUAUUGACAGGAGAAUUGGGGCAGCAGAGGAGGAGAAACACAGCGAGAGUGAAAAGCAAGAGUCCAGAUUUGACAGUGUUAGACUAAACGACACGGAGUCAGCCCCCAGAGAGGCUGUCAGAGAAGAAGAGGAGAUUGAAAAAAGAGACGCAUUGAAAGCACACUCUACUAUUUCCACAGCGGCACCUGAUAAUCAGAGCCAUGAUUCACUAUUCUUGCCAUCACAGACCCAGGUGGCCCUAUGGGGCACAGCGCUAGCAGGGGCACACAUGGACACUGAACACACAGACAGCGAGACGGAGAGAAAGCAAGAAACAGAGGUAGGGAGUGUGUGUGUGCUAGGGAAAGACGGCUCUACCCGUCUGAGGUGGCCUGUCAAUUUGCUCAUGCUCACCAAGUCUCAACCGCACAUCUCCUACAGCUGCAACCCGCUCCGCUUGAUCCCACAACAACCAGAACAACUCACAGAGGAUCUGCAGGAAAUACAACAGAAUCAGUUGUGUGCUCUCUCAGAUGAAUCAGAUCCACGUGUGCCAGCUAUUCUUACACCUCCCUGUUUACAAAGACAGACAAGACAAGAGCUGAAAGCACACAGGCAGGCAAAAGCCGAGGAUAAUUUCAAGGCAGAGCAACAUAUCGAUGCGGAGACAGAAGCACACCUGUUCCUGAAGAACGAAAACCUUUCAUCGUCAGAAACAAGACCAGAGAGAGGAAGAUGCACGCUAAGUAUGGAGAACUGUGCGAGGACAGCCUCCCAUCCAUUUGACCCUGCUCAUAGUGACAGCUCUGACACAAACUCCCAGAAUCCUCUGGGAGGCAGAUUAGGGGGUGCGAGAGGGAUCAGGGAGAGCGCAGUCAUAGCCCUGAGCUGUAAAUUAGAGUCUGUCACCCAGCCUGGCACACAGAGGAUGUGCAUCAGCCCGUCCAGGUGCGAGUGUGGGAGUGAGACAAUGUGCGAGUGUGCCAGCGCUCCGCAGCCGUACGUGGGCGUCUCAGAAGUGCCACGCAAAAAGAGGAAAGCCAGCACAAAGAAACACAAGGUGGGAAAGAGGAAGAGGGGCGAGAAGGAGAAAGCUUCAAAUAAGCGCCAAUCAGCAAGGUGCAAAGUGAGGAGUGUUGUCUCUACAGUCUCCACUGGCAGAGAGAGGAGUGGGGAAGCUGGAACGAGCUGGGGGAAGAAAAGGAGGCAAAGGCAGACGGGGGAGACGACGAGGAGGAGGAGGGUGCAGAGAGCAGGGAGCAGCUGUCUCCUGGGGAGAUGUGAGGCUGAGCCAGUAUCUGUCUCUGUCAGGAGGAGGAGGCCUCACAGGAGCCACAGCGCUGAAUCCCAGUCCCAGCCAGACAGAGAGCAGGCAGAGCACUGCAGUGCCUACUCCCAGCUCGCCAGACACACGGCAGACAGGCACAACGAGGGGGAGGGAACGCGAGACGGAGAUGCGGCGACUUUUCCCUGGCGGUCUCACUUCUCCUUACACUCCUUCUCACCAGGAUGUAACUCAAAGCUGUUUUGGGAAAGGGGUCACCAUAGCAACCCCAGGAGUUUCAUUGACUGCUGUUACCCUGACAACAGCUGUGGUUGCAGCUCGGCGAGAAAGAGAAAACUCCUCCACAGGGACAGGAAAUUCAUUCAUAGUAAGAGGAAGAGUUCGAGGCACCGUGAAGUCUGGGAGGAGACAGAGAGGGGAAGGAGAACGGGUUGCAGAGACAGGGGCCCGAUUUCAGAUACUGAACCGUGGGAGUGGAUGAGGGGAGGCUGUCCUGGAGGCAGUGAGGAGGGCAGGUCAAGGAGUGGCUGGAGAUCGAGAAACAGAGCAGCAGAGUGGGACCGGGUGGCGAGGUUUAGCCCCAGUCCUGGCAGCUGGGGCAGGAGACGCAGACGUCUCAGCACAGAAGAUGUCGACUGGGACAGGUGUAGCGUGGACAGAUGGACGUGGGGCAGCAGUGACAGCUGGGAAGACCGGGGGACACACAGAUCCACGUCGGGCUCCAGGACAGGGGCAGACAGCAGAGACAGCCCGGGCUGUGUGUGGAAAUGUGCGGGCACCAGACGCUCAAGCUCGAGACACUUCUCCAGUCCCGAGUGGUGGACAAGUAGGCAGACAUUCAGCCCCCAGAGUGUGAUCAACACACGGGCCAGCAGAUGCCACAGCCCGCGCUCCUGCAGCCCCUGCAGCAGCACCAGCAUGUCCGAGCUGAGCUGGGAGUGGAGCAGGAGCAGCACCUGCUCAGGAGUCACGGUGGACGGGUUGGCAGUUAGCUCAACCAGGACGUCCUCAGGAGCUCCAGGACUCUCAUCUGAGGCCCCUCAGGAGGUGAAGAAGCAGAGUAGCCCCGCGUCUAGUUCAUCCCCCCUUACCACUUGCUCCUCCUCGCCUCAAAGAUCCUCUUUUGCUCCCACAGUCCCAGGCCUCAACACACACCAUUGUGACGCAAGCCCUUCUCAACUUAAGGAGCCAAAUUUGCAGUCUGACCUUGGCCAUGGACCCUCUGCCCUUGUCAACACAAGCAGGUCAGGCGCAACUCUUCCCGGACUAUCCCCCAGUAAGCCACAGAAACCAGCCAGGAUGUUGCUUCUCCCUCUCAUAGGGAAACUACCUGCAAUCCAGAGAGAGGCUAGGAGGAAAAAAGGGCUGCUGGAGAAGAGUCAGGAGAAGGAGGGAGAGGAGGAAGAGGAGGCUAGAGGAAUGGAUCCUGGAGCGCUCGUGAACAGUCAGAAAUGUCCCCUGGACACGGUUGAGUCAAACCCCAGCAGUUUGCCAAAUCUCUGUCCGUCACAGAUUAGGACUGAUGACAAGCAGACAGGUGGAGAAACGGCUCCGCCAAUCAGCUUUACCGCUGAGGAGAUGGACAAAUAUCGCCUCCUGCAAGAGCAGGCGAGAGAGCACAUGCAGAAAGUCCUGGAACAGACGCAAGAGAGCGCAGACAUCCACAGAAAGACAAACUACACACACACGGCACAGACAGAGAGCUGUGGGACUUCAGAGGAACAGUACACAGUUGCACCCAUGCACAACUCUUUGCGGCCUCAAACCCAGUCACUUCACACAGACACGAUGCAAACACAAGCACAGCACACCCUCCAGGUCAGUCUCCCACUUCCACAUGUGACCCCACAGGAGAACUUUACCCAUCAACCCAUGGCUCUGAGAGUUCCCAACCUCCCCCAUCUCUCCAGCCUCCAUCAUAUCAUUUUACAACACGCAGCCCUCUCUGUGCCGCCCUCCUCUUCAUCCUCUUCCACCUCAUCCACCUCCCCUUCCAUCCACCCACACCCAUCUCAGCUCGCUCACCCCCUGCCCCCUCUCCACCCCUCCCUCCAUCACCACCUUCACCUCUCUCCCUUCUCCAUAUCCUCCCUGUUUCCCUCCAUCCUGCUGUCCCAUCACCCCAUCCCUCUCCUCCACCAGUCCCCCGCUUUUCACGCGACCCCGCUCGCUCCGCUCUCCCAAGUAGCACUGCAACCCUUGAACGCACAGUCUUUCAUGGACAGAGCGUGGCCGGUGAGGUUUCAACAGAAGGCGUUGUGAUUUUCAAAGUGCGGCUGCCAUGUUUAUUAAUCUUCCUUGGCAACAUAAACUAGUGAGAGAAACAGAGGGAAUUUUUGGUUGGGACAAAAGCCUGCUUUUUGAAAUGUGGAUGUGUCACUGCUUUUACCAGAAUCAACUCCAACUCGUAUUCGCAUAUGCCCUCACAAACACACACAUUCACACACACACACUCACACACAAACAGCCCAACUAUUGACUGUUUUCAAAUGAAAAUGUGUUUCUCCAUCUAGCCUCUGCUGUGUUGCAGCAGACAUUGAGAAAACAGACUUUGAUCCUUUGCUUUUUUUCCAUCAUUCCUGGAAUAAAAGGGAAAGGUGCACCUGCUAUUCAAAGACAAGCUGGGCUUGUGUCAUCCUCUCUCUUUCCUUCUGAACCACAGACAGACCAGCUGCCUUUUGAAGUAUCCUUCAUGCCAGGGACGGAGGGACAAGAAAGAGUGAUAAUACUCUCCCCUUAUCUCCAUUUCAUACAGGUUAUCCGAGUUAGAGUGUGACUUUCAACAAACAUAAAUAACGUUCCUGGGGCAUAGCGCUAGGGUAUUGUAACCUUGUUGUAUACUGUAUUUGUGUGUGUGUAUAAGGUAAAGGUAAUUUUGGACUGACACACACACAUACACAGUAGGAAGGACAACAACUAAUUUCCAUAUCUGACACAUGUAAAGACCUGUUUUGUCUCUAUAGUGUAAAUAUCCUGACAGUGAGUAAUAACAUUAGAAUCAUGGGAAACAAUAAAACAAAAGGUGGAUUUAACCUUGAACACUGGUACGAUGCUUAUUUCACACUCAAUGGCUUCAGCGAUACAGACACUUCAACAGCUUGUCACGCUCAGAUCUUUUUUUUCUUCCACACAGCAUUUAAAAGAAACAGUUGUUGAGACAGCAAUGAAUGAAUCGGAUGUGUUACAUUAAAACUUGAGUGAGAAUAAACGGGCAUUAAUGCUUUUUCUUAUUCUGUCUGAUUCAUGUCGAUCUCAUGUUGCAACAUGUUCUACUUAAAUAAUUGAUAGUCCUACUGUGUGGUUUACCACAUCUCACUGUGAGGCCCAGAAUUCCUCAGACUCCUUUAAGAGAUCGCAGACCAGUCGCUGCAAACCUUUCUUGCUCGUGACCCCUUAACUUGAAGCAAUGUCUACUUGUGACCCCAUGUCACAUGUCUAUGAACCGUGAGCAUGUCAGUUGCAAAGAGAUUUUCCCAAUGUAGUAAGUUUCAGGUGUCGCAGGUGGUAAAACUAUACCGUAUU